AUGGCCGCCACGAGCGCGACGCCGGCCACCGCCAUGAUCGCGGCGCUGCUCAGCAUCACGCCCGAUGUGUCACGUGAUGUCGCUUCGGCGCUCUGGACACUCGCUGUCGCCGCCCCGGAUGACGACGACGACGAGCUCGGCGCACCGCUCCCCACUGGCCCCGACGCACCGCCUUCCAACGGCCACUGCGGCAACGCGCAGCCGUACGUCUGCGUUUUCGCAUCCACGAGCAUGCAUUGGGUCGAGCGCGUCAAUGUGCACUUGCCCGACGAGCGGUAG